GACGCGAGAUUUCCAGGUGGAAAUUGAACACUGCAUUCAGAAGCAGACAAGCUGUAGAGUCACCCUUCUUUCUCUUCGUUUCCGACAAGCUUGUAAAUGAUAGCAAUAGCGUUCAUUCGUGUUUCUGACUAUUUCGGGACGGAACAAGAUUGUUCUUUUUCAAUGUAUUCCAUUUUUUGUUUAUCCUACCCUCCUGCUAAGGAUCGAGUCUGUAACCUAGCGGUACGCUGAUGCAGUUUCAAUGAGCUAACCGCUCAGCUUCCUUUUAAAGACAAAAGCAACGUUGUCACUUGGACUUAAGGUUGUUGCCUUGCAGCAACUGCAUCAUCACGGGGAGGGUCCUCACCUCAACGGAACCCACGAUGCGGAUUUCAGUGGCAGGUUGCAGAAUGAGUCUGGGUGCUCUCCUUAAUGGGCUGCUGGUCUCCAUAAUUGCAGCUCUGCUUUGGAAACACUCUAAACUGAGUGAGCAUGCCACCAUGUUGGAGGAGGAGCUGCAUAUGACGCAACAGUCUCAGGAGAUCUCCCAGGCCCAGAUCGACUACCAUCUGGUCUUGCAGGCUCUUCAGGAACAUGGCACACGCAUGGUCUGCACUGGCAAGAUGCAUACAGAUCGCAUUUGCCGUUUUGACAACCUCUGUUACAGCUCAGAGGCAGAGGACUUUGUGUUCUUCCACUCCAAUUCGUCUGUCAUGCUGCCUAAUCUUGGGUCCAGACGUUUCCAGCCUGCUUUGUUAGAUCUUUCUUCAGUUGAGGAUCACAAUACACAAUACUUUAACUUUUUAGAGCUUCCUGCUGCUGCUUUGAAGUUUAUGCCAAAGCCUGUGUUUGUACCAGAUGUAACGUUAAUCUUUAACAGAUUUAACCCUGAUAACCUAAUGCAUGUAUUUCAUGAUGACCUACUCCCAGCUUUCUACACCAUGAAACAAUAUUUAGACUUGGAUGAUGAGGCUCGUCUUGUGUUCAUGGAAGGCUGGGGUGAAGGUCCCCACUUUGAUCUCUACCAAUUUCUCAGCACCAAGCAGCCAUUACUUAAAGAUCAGUUAAAGAACUUUGGAAAAUUAAUGUGUUUUACUAAAUCUUAUAUUGGCUUGACCAAAAUGACGACCUGGUAUCAGUAUGGGUUUGUUCAACCACAAGGUCCCAAAGCCAACAUUUUGGUUUCAGGGAAUGAAAUCAGACAGUUUGCUAAGGCUUUCAUGGAAAAAAUGAACAUCACAAGGGUGGAGAAGGCAGACAAAAAUGGUGGAAAUCUUGAAUAUGACAAGGAGAGUGAGAGAAUGGAUGAAUACAUUGUUUUGUUCAGUCGUUCAACAACAAGGUUAAUACUAAAUGAAGCAGAGCUCAUCAUGGCACUGGCUCAAGAGUUCCAGAUGAGAGUGGUUACUGUGUCCCUGGAGGAACAGUCUUUUCCCAGUCUUAUCCAGGUGAUCAGUGGAGCUUCCAUGUUAAUAAGCAUGCAUGGAGCACAGCUUGUCAGCUCACUGUUUCUCCCUAGAGGUGCUGUUGUUGUAGAGCUAUUCCCCUUUGCUGUCAACCCAGAGCAGUACACCCCUUAUAAAACCCUAACAUCCCUUCCAGGUAUGGAUCUUCACUAUAUCUCCUGGAGGAACACUAAGGAAGAAAAUACCGUCAUUCACCCAGACAGAUCCUGGGAACAAGGGGGUAUAGUUCACUUGGAGAAAGAGGAACAGGAGCGGAUCCUGGCUAGUAAGGAUGUACCCAGGCAUCUCUGCUGCCGUAACCCAGAGUGGCUCUUCCGGAUCUAUCAGGAUACUUUAGUCGACAUCCAAUCCUUUUUAGAGGUACUCAAGGAAGGCAUAAACAGCAAAUCCAACUUGAAGAAGGGAAAGGCUGCCAGCACAGUCCAUCCUGGUAGGGUCAGGGAAGCUCAGUGUCAGACUUACAUACAAAAUUCUAAUGAGGCUAAACUCACUGUCUCUUGGCAAAUUCCAUGGAAUCUAAAAUACCUUAAGGUUAGAGAAGUGAAAUAUGAGGUGUGGAUUCAGGAACAGGGUGAGAACACCUAUAUGCCUUAUAUCCUUCCCCAGCAAAACUAUACUUUCUCAGAAAACAUAAAGCCCUUCACUACUUACCUUGUGUGGGUGAGGUGUAUAUUUAAUAAGAACCUCUUGGGCCCUUUUGCUGAUGUUCUUAUGUGCAAGACCUAGUGCAUUCAAAUGAAUAUGCAGAUAUUUCUGUGCAGUAAUUAAGUUAAAAUGUACGACUACUUGUACAACCGUUUGGCCAACAGCAAUUAGUCAGUUUCAUUGAGCCUUUUUCUGUAGUUUCAGAUUAGACUGUUAAACUCAUAUAUUGUAUUGUCUCCAUACCCAACAACGAUGACUGGAUUACUUGCAAGACAAAGAAAGAAAUCCAAGGAUCAAUGGAGAAUGUUUGUACUAAAAAAUGAGGGAAAAUGCUGUACCAGUGUUCACUGAUGGAAUUUUAAAAAUGAUUUAUUUGUAUGAAAUAAAGUGUAUUUUAUUUUUAGGAUCAGUCUGAAGACUGGUUCUUUUCAAAGUGAUUAACCAUUUUGUAGUGACCAAGAGAGAUUUUACAACAAGAACAUAUUUUUAUGUUCCUAAACCUGUCCAAAGCUUGUUGUUUCCUCCUCCAAUUGUUGGAAGUAGACA